AGAGUCCGAGGCCCCGGGGGGCCCUGGACCUGCCGCCCCCGCCCCACAGCGCCCCCUCCAGGCCCUUUCCCCGCGCGCGACAGCGCCCCCGGGGGGUGGCACAGCAGCCGUGCGCGCGCGCCCCGGGGUGCUUCCCCUUCCCCGGUCCCUGGCCAUGGCCCCGGCCGCUUAGAAGCCUCCGCCGCCGCCGCCGCUCGGAGCAAGCCGGGGCCGGAUGGACGGGGCCGGGGCGCCCGGUGAGGGCCCUGCUCAGGAGGCCCUGCAGUCCUUGAGUCGGCGGCUUCAGGUGCAGGAGAAGGAGAUGGAGCUGGUAAAGGCAGCCCUGGCCGAAGCUCUCCGCCUGCUGCGGCUGCAGGCGCCCCCCAACUCCCUGCAGGACUCUGGCGCCGUAGCUGCCACAAGGGACAGCAGCCCUGCAGCGCCCCCCGGACCGCCACCCCCAUGCAGCCCCGCCUUGGUGAGCCGCGGCACCCAGACCGAAGCAGAGGCGGAGCGGGAGGCAUCCCUGGGACCCUCUGGCCUGAGCAAUGGGCCCCCGGCCCCACAGGGGGGCAGUGAAGAGCCUGGUGGGACCCAGUCUGAAGGAGGGGGCAGCAGCAGCAGUGGCACUGGCUCCCCUGGCCCCCCGGGGAUCCUCAGGCUAACGCAGCCCCCACAGCGCGCUGACACGCCGCGGAGAAAUUCUUCCUCCUCAUCCCCCUCAGAGCGGCCCAGGCAGAAACUGUCCCGGAAGGCCGCCUCCUCAGCCAACCUGUUGUUGCGGUCAGGGAGCACAGAGAGCCGUGGAGGGAAAGACCCCCUCUCCAGCCCCGGGGGUCCUGGGUCUCGGAGGAGCAAUUAUAAUUUGGAAGGCAUCUCAGUGAAGAUGUUCCUUCGCGGCCGCCCCAUUACCAUGUACAUCCCAUCUGGCAUCCGCAGCCUUGAGGAGCUGCCCAGCGGCCCACCCCCGGAGACCCUCAGCCUUGACUGGGUUUAUGGGUACAGGGGUCGUGACUCCCGCUCUAAUCUGUUUGUGCUGCGCUCUGGGGAGGUGGUCUACUUCAUCGCCUGCGUGGUGGUGCUGUACCGGCCUGAGGGAGGCCCAGGGGGUCCUGGAGGUGGUGGCCAGAGACAUUACCGGGGCCACACGGACUGCGUUCGAUGCCUGGCCGUCCACCCCGAUGGUGUCCGUGUAGCCUCAGGACAGACAGCUGGGGUGGAUAAAGAUGGAAAGCCCCUGCAACCUGUGGUUCAUGUCUGGGACUCUGAGACACUGCUGAAGCUGCAGGAGAUUGGACUGGGGGCCUUCGAGCGGGGUGUAGGAGCCCUGGCCUUUUCAGUGGCGGAUCAGGGUGCUUUUCUUUGUGUGGUGGAUGAUUCCAAUGAGCACAUGCUGUCAGUGUGGGACUGCAGCCGGGGCACAAAGCUGGCUGAGAUUAAGAGUACAAAUGACUCAGUCUUGGCCGUUGGCUUCAGCCCUCGUGACAGCAGCUGUAUUGUCACCAGCGGGAAAUCCCACGUCCACUUCUGGAACUGGAGUGGAGGAGCAGGGGUCCCUGGAAACGGGACCCUCACCCGGAAACAGGGCGUCUUUGGGAAAUAUAAGAAACCCAAGUUUAUCCCUUGCUUUGUGUUCCUCCCGGAUGGAGACAUUCUCACUGGGGAUUCAGAGGGGAACAUUCUCACCUGGGGACGGAGCCUCUCAGAUUCCAGGACCCCAGGCAGGGGUGGGGCCAAAGAGACCUACGGGAUUGUGGCACAGGCUCACGCUCACGAAGGUUCCAUCUUUGCCCUGUGUCUCCGGCGGGAUGGGACUGUGCUGAGUGGUGGUGGCCGGGACCGCCGGCUGGUGCAGUGGGGGCCGGGGUUGGUGGCCCUCCAGGAGGCUGAGAUUCCUGAACACUUUGGAGCGGUGCGGGCCAUUGCUGAGGGCCCGGGCUCUCAACUGCUGGUGGGAACCACAAAGAAUGCACUGCUGAGGGGAGAUCUGGCUCAGGGCUUCUCCCCUGUCAUCCAGGGCCACACGGAUGAGCUCUGGGGGCUCUGCACGCAUCCCUUCCAGAACCGUUUCCUCACCUGUGGCCACGACCGGCAGCUCUGCCUGUGGGAUGGGGAGGGCCAUGCGCUGGCCUGGAGCAUUGACCUCAAGGAGACGGGUCUCUGUGCUGACUUCCACCCCAGUGGGGCAGUUGUAGCUGUGGGACUGAACACAGGGAGGUGGCUGGUUUUGGACACAGAGACCAGAGAGAUUGUGUCUGACGUCACUGAUGGCAAUGAGCAGCUCUCAGUGGUCCGGUACAGCCCAGAUGGGUUGUACCUGGCCAUCGGUUCCCAUGACAACAUGAUCUACAUCUAUAGUGUUUCCAGCGAUGGUGCCAAGUCCAACCGCUUUGGCCGCUGUGUGGGUCACUCCAGCUUCAUCACUCACCUUGAUUGGUCUAAGGAUGGGAGUUUCAUCAUGUCCAAUUCUGGGGACUAUGAGAUCCUUUACUGGGACGUAGUUGGAGGCUGCAAGCUGCUGAGGAAUCGCUAUGACAGCCGAGACCGGGAGUGGGCCACCUACACCUGCGUGCUGGGCUUCCAUGUCUAUGUACCCGUGCGCGCGCGCCAAGGCGCCCAGCCUCGUGUACGGCGGCCACGGCAGCCACGUGACCAGCGUCCGGUUCACGCACGACGACUCGCACCUCAUCUCGCUGGGCGGCAAGGACGCCAGCAUCUUCCAGUGGCGAGUGCUGGGCGCCGGGGGCGCGGUGCCAGCGCCCGCCACGCCCUCGCGAACCCCCUCGCUGUCCCCGGCCUCCUCUCUCGACGUCUGACCGCUGCGGGAGGGCACUCACCGGCCCGCGGCCCGGCUCCGCCCCAUCCGCAGCCCCCGGGGCCGGGGGCCCACCUUUCCUGGACUCCGAGACAUUCCUGGUCGCGCGUUUCCCUGGAGGGGGCGAGUGGCACCCCCCGCGCACACUGUAGAGACCCGCUGGCCGAGCCGGGCAGCCCCAGCCUGGGCCCCGACUCCCGCCGCCUGCUGAGGGGCAAUAAACCAGAAGCAAAGUCGCCUCUCAGUCCUUUUGUGGGGCGCGGCUGGGUGCCUCCGGAGCCCUGGGGGGUGGCGAUGAAGAAAAAGAGGAGUUUGGACCGAGUCGGGGAGCGUAGGCCGCUCAUGCAAACGAUAGGCAAAGCCGCUUGCAAAUGACCCGGCGAAGCGCGAAGGCGCGCGAGUCUUUCGUGGCCUCAGGCGGAGGUACGGGGGCUCCGGCGAGGAUAGAGUUAAGCCCAACUCUUCUCCCGCCCUCGGAGGAGGGGCCGAGCCGCGACGGAAAUAGCCGAGCGCCCGGCCGCGGUUGGCCGGAGGGAGCCGAACCUCUUCCGGAAGCGGCCGAUCUCUGGGCUCCGUCUCUCCGACCUGAGCCGAGCGCCGGGCCUUGUUCUCCGGAUCGGCCGAAGGUGUUCCGGAAGGAGGCGAAGCCCGAGGCGGGCAGGGCAAGCCUCCUCGGCGGCCGGCAGAGUCCGACGUCUGCUGGGGCUCGGCGAGGG